CGCAAGAAGAAAAAGCACAAGAAUCCAUUUGGACCCAAGCAUCCAAUGUCUGGUUUUCUCUUCUUCGCUUCUUUUGCACGACCGGACGCUGUACGACAAUAUCCAAAAAGCAAUGUUGGUAUGAUUAGCAAGGUAAUAGCAGAACAAUGGCGUAAAAUGACAGACGAUGAGAAGUAUCCAUGGCAAGAAAAGGCAAAAGCUGACAAGGCUCGGUAUGCAAGAGAAAUGGAAGCA